AUGCCUUCGUCCGGACAAACGGGGAUUCUGCGGCUUUUCGCCUUUGCGGUGCUAAUGAUAUCAAUACUAGUCGGGAUCGCGAAGGCGCAAGAGAACGUCGCAAAGGAUCUACCAGAGUGCGCUAAACACUGCAUUGGCGAAGGGCUUUCAAUAUCUGGCUGCAACGAGACUGACAUAACCUGUCUCUGCACCAGCCCAGCCUUCCAAGCCAAUACUACCACAUGCAUUACCACCAGCUGCAGCAUCAAAGACAUUCUUGCGGCCACCGAUUACAACCAGGCAGCAUGCGGUGUUCCCCCUCGCGACGACUCCUCGAUCACGAAAAAGGUGACUUGGACCCUCUUCACCACCGCACUCAUCUCAGUAAUCGGGCGCUUCGUCUACCGCCACCCGUACAUGAAAGGCAACGGCUACGGUUUCGACGACUGGAUUCUCCUCUUGGCCAUGUCGAUCAUGAUCCCGCAACAAGCUCUCCUCUCCGUCAUGCUCGACCAAGGCCUCGGCCGCGACAUCUGGACGCUCGAACCCAACGCAAUUACCAGGAUCCUCUACUACUUCUGGAUCUCCGAAUACUUCUACAACUUCGUCAUGUGCCUCGAGAAAAUCUCCAUCCUGCUCAUGUACCUGCGCAUCUGGACGGCCAUCAGCGUCGACGCCGCACGCUUCCGGUUGAUCUGCUUCAUCCUCCUCGGGAUCCUCUCCACCACAGCAAUCACCAUGACCAUCGUGGUCACCUUCCAAUGCACGCCGAUCGACUACGCCUGGCACCGCUGGGACGGCGAGCACAACGGCUCCUGCAUCAACACCAACGCCAUGAUCUACACCGGCGCCGCGCUCAACAUUUCCUACGACCUCAGCGUGUACUGCCUCCCCAUCCCCCGGCUCUUCAAAACGCAAAUGUCCACGCGCAAGAAAUGGGGCAUCGCCGUGAUCUUCCUCUGCAGUCUCUUCGCCACUGUGUGCUCCAUCAUCCGCCUACAGAGCCUGCUCAAAUUCGGCAGGUCCGCAAACGCCACCUGGGAUUACAACCUCCCCGCGCUCUGGAGCGCCGUUGAAUGCCACGUCACCGCCGUCUGCGCCUGCAUGCCCGCUCUCGCGGGGGUGAUCAAGCGCGCCUGGGGCAAGACCUUCGGCAGUCUCACGCGCUCGCCCUCUGGUCCCUCGAGCGGUGGAAACGACACGAUCGGCUCGCGCAGCCUCCCGCGCCCUCGAGGCCAGCUCUUCGACGAGGAGGACGAUGGAUUGGAAUUGUCACGUCUGCGCUCUACCGCCGGGUCGAUCGGAGAGACUCGCACGGAUAGUGUGCAUGUGAUGCCGAAGAGCGAGGGGGGUGAGAAUGGGAAGGCGUGGGAGGAUGGGAGGCGGACGCCGGGGGAGCAGCAGGCGGAGCAUGUGGAGCGGUCUUGGUUGGAGUUGGAGGAUGGGAGGUAG